AUGGAAUAUUCGGCCGAUGCUGAAAAUAAAGCCAUUAGUUCCUCGCAAUUUGCAGCUGAUUCAUCGAAUGCACAAAAACAGUUUAACGAUGAAUUUGGCCUUCCACCAGUUACCAACCAAGUUGAAAAUACGCAACACAGCAAUGCUGAACGCCGUGACCAGAAAGCGACACAAACCGCAACCACUGGAUGCUGUAACUCGACCAGUUCAACAUUAAGCAAUAUUGAGCUGGUUCAAAAUUGUAUUGCGCAGAAUAUUAAUAAAAAUCCAAUAAUCAUUGAUACCGAUUCUGACAUCGAUGAUUUAUGGGCAAUUCUUUAUUUGAUGAACGGUCCAACAAUUGACAUUCUCGCAGUAACGACUGUUGGCGAUGGAUAUAGUGCACCAUUAUAUUCGGCAUCUAAUGUUAUCAGUAUGUUAGGAUUAGUUGGCUGUACAGAUGGUGUAGCAGUGGGAAGUGGACUCAGUACACCAUCACUACCAAAUGGUUUUAUUCUCUCGAGCGCAAUUCUCGGUGGCAUUGAUACAUAUCUGUCAUCGCCCUCUUGUCUGAAUCAAUCGGUCAACAUAUAUUUGCAACCGUCGCCAUUUGAUUCUGUUGAGCUGAUUGUCUAUGCAUUGAAAUAUUCACAACAGCCAGUAGAUGUUUUAGCUCUCGGGCCAUUCACGAAUAUUGCUGCAGCUAUCGUUCGAGAUCGAUCAAUUAUACCGAAAAUAGGAACAUUGUAUGUCUCCGGAAUCUAUCCGUAUACGAGUAAAACAUCUGGCAGUAGUUCAAAUGUCUUCUUAGAUGUGCUUGCCGUACAACGUGUUGAUGACAGUGGUAUCAAAAAGCUAGUUGCGAUUCCAUCAACUGUACAGAAACAGUUACCUACCAAUAUAUCCCAAGUCAAUAUGAAAUUGAAACAAUUGAACAUUACUUUAUCACCAUUCAUAUAUGGAUUAAUAACAUCGUUGGCGAAAUGCACCAAUCAAUCAGAGUCGACCAUUUAUUGGUGGGACAAUAGUGCAGCUCAGUUAAUGGUUCAGUUGCAAAACAAUGUCACAAAUGGUUUUUGCACGGCAUUCCAAAAUGUCGAAUCAUUAUACAUUUUAUCGGCUGAUGCGGACCAGUUGUUUGGUCAAGGCUUAACCGAUUUUCAAAAUACAAGACCUAACACCAACGGAUUAUCAAAUUACACAAUAUGUGCACAAACUAACUCGGAUACGUUUCUCACUGAAUUUUUGACCAAAAUAUCCUCAGACAAACUUUAUUCAUGUGAGAAAACAUAUGCAAAUCGAUUCGAUUUGAAAUUACAAUCGUGUAUGAGCAUGUAUGGGCUCGAUUAA